GGGCAGGAAAUCGCGGCUGCUCGCAGCCAUCAGCGAGCGGCUCAUGGGACACGUGUGAAUGGGGCCGCGAGCUCAGUUCCGUGUCGUAGGUGACCUUAGCGGCACAAGUGCCCAUCAGGAGGGGCGUCUCCUUCCGAAGAGGGAAACCUCGGUUAGCGAGUUGCUUGACAGUGUUGAGAGCACCGGGGGCAGUUCAAGGCAGCUCUUGAAAGGUGGGCCGGAAAGGUGCGCGGCCGCAAGCGCCACCUCGGAGAACAGGUACAGGCGGGCAUCGCGCGGCGUGGAGAGCGGACCUGUCAGCACGCGGUGCGUCCGCGUAUCCUGGCAGCGCUCCUGCCCCCCAUCCGGAGCCGGGCCGCCCAGAUCUGCGGGGUGGGAAGAGCCGAGCUGUAACAGGUCCUUCCCUGCACCUCCUGACGCCUUGCCUGGGAUCCCGGUGGGAAGCAGGGGCUUGAAAGAAGCACAGUCCAGGUUGGGUCGCUGCAUUGGUUAACUUGGCGGCCACAAGGUCCAUUAACUGUUUGGUCCAUAGGCUGAGAUGGAUGGGUCUAUUUCAAAGUCUUCCAUUUGUUCCUUUGCAGUUUUUAGCUUGCAAGGUCAUGUCCAAGGUACCAAGCGAGCCUUUGACUAGCUUGUUUAAGGCUGGUUCCAGGGCAGGCUGAGGCCUGGAGCGUAGGUGACUUUCAUCCAUCGCUGGUCCAUCCAGCCACUGGAAGGUGCAGUCCUGAAACUGGUUAGACUGAAAAGGGCAUAUGACCCAGUAUGACUAGCUGGGAAUUAUAGGCCUUUAUUCUGUUGCAAUGUGUACAGGACUGUGCCCUUCAAUACUUGACUCAACAAACAGGUAAUUCACAUAAGGAAAGAUGAUCCUUCGUUUCAUUAAGCAACGUCUUAAACACGUUUAAGGUGUUUAUUUGCUCAUUGUACAUGUCAGUUUAAUUAGCAUGUGCCUUUCUUAGCUCAUUUAGAUUUUAAGAAGGGGCAGAUAUGAAGGGACCGAAAUGUUUGUGAACGUGGAAAGAUUUUCACAGAAAAAGGUAGCAAUAGAAACAUUUUUGCCCUGCAUAAUAGUAAUAAUAUAUAGAUUAUAGAUGCUAAUUGCAUUGGAAGCAAAGACCAUUCGAGCACCUCUGCCUUCUCACAUCUCCAUCAUCUCUCUGGGUGCUGAUCAAGUUCAGUUGAGCGCGGCUGCUACCUGAGAAGGUGAACAAAUUGUUCACCUGACGUGAUGAGAGCUGUCCAGGUCACUUUUUAUGCCUGCUCUGUGUCAUGAGGUGCACUCAGUAAAAGAAAUGCUUGAAUUUAAAAUCAUUCAGGGCUGUUUCUUGAUUGACUAAAACUUCCUGCACUUGCAUAACUGGAAUAAAGCAGUAAUUUGGAAGGAGAGAAAAAAGUUUUAUAUUUAGAUAAUGGAAGUAGGCAUCAGGAAAGCACCGUGCUGGAGGCGUAUGUGAGAGAGAUGAAGGGGAUGCCUCAUCUCCUCUGCAGUUUUUACAAUUAUUUUAUUCAAAAUAAUUUUAGAAAUUAUCUGACAUUGGAGGUUAUGUCUUCCAUGAAAAGGUUUGGUUGGCUGAAUGUUGCAACCUUGGGGAUUUUAGUAUGCGAAACUUAAUUUCAGUAUAUAUUUGGUAGGAAACUUCCAGCAUGAGAGGGUAAGUUCUUUAGUUGCUGAAGGGGGUGGAAGGAGAAACAUAGAAACAGAGCAAGUCAGAAGGGGUCUCCUGGGCCAUCUAGUCUGACCCCCAAAGUAUGAUGAAGAAAAAGGUUGGUGUUAUCCUCCGAUCCAUUUUGCUUUAUUGCUCUUCUUAUCCUUUCAGGCCACCAUGGUGAAGGAAACGGCCUAUUACGACACCCUGGGGGUGAAGCCCACAGCUUCCUCUGAUGAAAUCAAACGUGCCUACCGCAAGUUGGCUCUGAAGUACCACCCUGACAAGAACCCCAGCGAGGGCGAACGGUUUAAGCUCAUAUCCCAGGCUUAUGAAGUUCUGUCAGACCCCAAGAAAAGGGACCUCUAUGACCAGGGUGGGGAGCAAGCUAUUAAAGAAGGAGGCUUAAGUGGCGGCAGUUUCUCUUCACCCAUGGACAUCUUUGACAUGUUCUUUGGUGGUGGAGGCCGAAUGAAUAGAGAGAGAAGAGGUAAAAAUGUGGUCCAUCAGUUGAGCGUAACCCUCGAAGACCUGUACAACGGAGCCACAAGGAAGCUGGCCCUCCAGAAGAAUGUGAUUUGUGACAAGUGCAAAGGCUAUGGUGGAAAGAAAGGGGCUGUGGAAAAGUGCCCCUCAUGCAAAGGACGAGGAGUUCAGGUGCUUGUCCAACAGAUUGGGCCUGGCAUGGUGCAGCAGAUUCAGACUGUCUGUCCAGAAUGUAAAGGCCAGGGUGAACGGAUCAAUCCCAAGGACAGGUGUCCCACUUGCAGUGGCAAUAAGGUGAUUCGAGAGAAGAAGAUCAUAGAAAUCCACAUCGACAAAGGCAUGAAAGAUGGUCAGAAAUUAGUGUUUCAUGGAGAAGGUGACCAAGAACCUGACUUAGAACCUGGAGAUGUCAUUAUUGUGCUGGAUCAGAAGGACCACCCAGUGUUUCAAAGAAGAGGCCAUGACUUAAUUAUGAAAAUGAAAAUUCAGCUGACAGAGGCAUUAUGUGGGUUCAAAAAGACCAUUGAUACAUUGGACGACAGAGUCCUUGUAAUAACUUCAAAAACAGGUGAAGUGCUAAAGCAUGGAGACAUCAAGUGUGUCUUGAAUGAAGGAAUGCCAGUCUAUAGAUCUCCACUGGAAAAAGGGUCCUUAAUCAUACAGUUCUUGGUUGCAUUCCCAGAGCACCACUGGCUGCCCAAGGACCAGCUCCCUCUCCUAGAAGCUCUGCUUCCACCACGGCAACAAGUCACCGUCACGGAAGACAUGGAUCAAGUCGACCUAGUUGAGUUCGAUCCACGAGAGCGAUCUUACCGUAAUCAAGGGGAGGCCUAUGAAGAGGACGACGAAGGGCCCAGAACUGGUGUGCAAUGCCAGACAUCUUGAUCUCUCAGUUGCAAUGGACUCGCACUAUGACAACUUCAAGAAUUAUCUGCAAAGCGUUUAAAGCCACUUGCCAUGUUGAGCACACUGAGUUGCUGUAUUUUCAGUUUUGUAACUACUUCAUAUGUAUCUAUUUAUGUAAACUUAGAUCGCUGUACCUUAACUCAAGUGUGCUGUCGCUGAAGUGACAACACACGUUCAGUUACUUUUGAGACACAACUUUGAAGAAAGUAGAGAAUGACUUUCUAGCCCUCAUUACAUGAAACAGCAGUACCAUUUCAGCUUAAUGAGGUGUUCUCUAAGCUUCUCAUACUAUGUAAAGAGGUGUUUCUUCGAAUAAAGUAAGGACCAUUC